UGAAUGUUGUUGUUAUCAUCUUACUCUUCAUACGGCUGCCUGCAAGAGUUCGACUAGAAAAGAGUCCCAACCACGACCCAGAUGCAGCAGUAUUCGAAGAAGAUUUCAGCGUAAAACAGUGACUACACUUGCCGAAACGCAUCAUGCCGUGGGAGCGACCGAGCAACGUACCUUAUCCGAAUGUGUGGUGGACUUUUGAUGCUCCCGAUCCGGAUUGUGCGGAUGGUGCGUUGGUUACGUACCGAGUAGAGGAUUUGACGGAGGAUCGAUUCGAAGAUGCCAUCAAGCUGUACACUGAAAAUUUUCUCGACGACGAACCACUUUGUGCGUAUGGCCGAGUUCGGCACAAUCCGCUGUCGUAUGAAGAGGUAGUUAAAUUCUGGACGUACGUAUUUGCCGAGAAGAUGACCAUCGUGUGUUACAAGGAAGGUUCGAAAGAGUUGGUAGGCGCUAACCUGCUGUCAGUAAAGUUUGCCAACGAUAAAACGGAUAUAUCUGAUCUGAUUAAAUCCGAUAGUAUGCAAAAAUUGGUGGCAGUCAACGAAUAUAUGACUGACACGGUGAAUCUUUUCGAGCGGUACGGUGUCGAUAGGUACCUGACGGCAUACGGCCUUAGUGUGAACAGUCGUUACCGGGGCCGAGGAAUUGCCACUGAGAUACUAAAGGCACGCAGACCGAUUUGCCGGGCGUUUGGUUUGCGACUUACGAGCACCAACUUCACGGCGAUCGGUUCCCAAAUACCAGCUGCAAAGAUUGGCUUUCAAACGGAUCUAGAGAUGAAGUACGAUGAGUUUGUGAAAGUUAAUCCCACGUACACAUUUGAAGGCAUUAAAAGCAAAAGUCUUAAGCUGAUGAGCCUGCCGAUAGAGUAAGCAUCCUCGUUAUAGAAUGUGAAAUAGUUGUGUGCAGCUGUGUUUAGUGCAGUGAAAUGAAAUAAAUAAUAAUUUUGCAAUAUUUAAUGUUGUGUGCGUACGCUUGAAGUACAUUUACCAGCGAUUGUGAUACGUUAUCUUGAUGCUGUCACGGAUGAUAUGCUGGCAAAAGGAAUGGCUAGGAAUGGUUAGCAACUGAACCUGUAUGACACGGUGAACAUUUUCGGACAUAUCUUAAUCUUGUGUACAUUG